CAACGACGCCGCAGAUAGUAUGGCGAACGCGGCACGAGGUUCCCUGCAGCCGCAGGACAAUCCGCUCUUUACCACAAAAUUUUGGGCGGGAGAUCACGCAGUGCAAGGACGAUCAUCGACCGCGUCGGAUGCUUCGUUCCGAGCAAGCCACAUCGUCACGCUCGACUUCGCACCAGCUGCGCAUAAGGCAGACGAGAUUGGCGGAGAUAUAGCAAUAGCUACUCUUCCUGGAAGAAUACACAACCCAGGAGUUGUUCCAGGAGGUAUUAAAAGGCUGAAUAGUGGUGCCAGAGUUGUUGGUACUAGUAAAAAAGGAGGCAUUUUGCAGGGC